GCGCCUCGAGUAGUCGAGUGAAGUCGAGUGUCCGAGCUUCUGAUUCAUCACCGUUGCCCGUCGGCACACUGUCACUUAGCAGUCGCGGCGGGCUCGCAGUUGUCGAUUUGCCGAGCUUUUCGUUUGCCCGCGCCCACGCGCCCACAUCGUUGAGAACAAGUGACAAGCGGAGAACGAGCACGUCACAAGCGAUGACGGAGGUUCACAACUUGGGUGUCGAUGCCAUCAGCUGUCACGCGUGGAACAGAGAUAAAACUGAGGUUGCCAUAUGCCCGAACAACAAUGAGAUCCAAGUGCACAAACGUAGUACUUCAUCCGGAUGGAAGUUGCUCGAGACCUUGGAGGAACAUCACAUGGCUGUCAUGGGAAUCGACUGGGCGCCAAAAACUAAUCGCAUAGUCACCUGUUCCGCAGACAAGAACGCCUAUGUAUGGACCCAGAAAGAGGACGGCAAGUGGGAUCCCGCUUGGGUUCUCUUGCGAAUAAAUCGAGCCGCUACCUGUGUAAAAUGGUCUCCUCUAGAAAAUAAAUUUGCCGUGGGCUCCGGGGGACGAGUUAUAGCUGUUUGUUACUUCGUAUCAGAGAAUAAUUGGUGGUUAUGUAAACAUAUUAAGCGUCCAUUGAGGUCUACGGUAACUACCGUCGACUGGCAUCCGGACAACAAGGUUCUGGUCGCGGGAUCGACGGACUACAAGGUCCGUGUCUUCAGUGCAUUUAUCAGUGAUAUGGAGGAUGCUCCUGGUACUAGUCCUUGGGGACAGAGCAAUUCCUUAGGAACAUUGUUGGCUGAGUUUCCUAAUACGCCCAACGGAGGUGGCUGGAUACAUUCAGUAGCGUUCAGUCCGUGUGGCAAUAAAAUCUGUUGGGUGGCGCACAACUCGUCUAUAUGUGUCGCUGAUGCUACUAAAGGAAAUGCAGUCAUGAGACUGUAUACAGAGCAUUUACCGUUUUUAAGUUGCAUUUGGAUAGGUUCUAAUAACAUUGUUGCCGCUGGGCAUAGCUGUAUGCCAAUGUUAUAUUCCGUAGAUGACAACGGACAGAUAUAUUUUGUUUCAAAGUUGGACAACACGCAAAAAAAGGAGAUUGCCGGAUUAUCUGCUAUGCGAAAAUUCCAGUCGCUAGAUCGACAAGCGAGGAAUGAGACGAACGAUAAUGCUUUGGAUAGCGUGCAUCAAAACACAAUCAACUGUGUUCGCCGAGUAUCCGAUCAUGAAUUUAGCACAAGCAGUUUAGACGGACAACUUGUAGUUUGGGACUUGAAGCUUCUAGAGAAUUCCAUUGCUGGUCUCAAGAUAGCGUAAGCAUGAAACUUUUUUUUUAUAUUACGAAAAUCAGAGAUAUUACAUCCAAUACAACGAUGUAUAAAUGUUAAAAUGAAUAAUAUACAAUUUCUCAUUAA